AUGCUCUGUUUCACCUGCAAGUACUGCUUGCAAAAAGGUCACACCAAGAGAGGAUGUGAAAAGAAAAGAGCAGCUGAUGCUGCGGCUGCUGCAAAGGCAGCAAAGGCUGCUAAAGACCCUAAAAAUACUAGUGCACAAGCAACUGCAACUGCCCAGGCCACCACAACUGACACUGCAACUGCCACUGCAUCUGCCAGUGCCACUGCAACUGCAACUACUACUAGUACAGCUACGGCUACUGCUAAUAUUACAAUCAAUUCUGCUCCUAUUGGUCAAGCUUCAAAAAUUGAUCUGUCACAGCCAAUUUGUUCUGAACUAGAAGACUCUCAAAAGUUCACUGAAGUAACCGGGGAACCAGCCACAAGACCUGCCAAACUGCCUGCUAGAAGAAGGUCACCACCAACAACCCCUUCUACAGCACUGGACCCAAUGAAGGGUGCGAGUUCUGCCACUGCUUCACGAUUCACAAAUUUUCUGAAGUUUGUGCCGACUCCUGGAUUUAAGCACCCCCGGAAGAAGUGA